GAGAGCCCAUGUGAAAGGAGCCCACUGCUUGAUUUACACAAACCAUUUAACUAACUAAAUUAGUGUAAGUUUCCAGUGCAAACAGCUAUGGUUUCACCAAAUAUUUUGCUGCCAGAAAUUCAGGACUUCGACAUCCAGUUCUUUGGGAUGGUCCAUGUAAGCAGUUCACAAAAGUACACUGCUUGAUUUACAUAAAACAUCUAAAUGAACCGAUUCGUUAAAAUGAGUAACUUUCCAAUGCAUUGAUCAGAAAUAUUUCUAAGUGAACAAAUAGUUUCUGUUGUUGGUUAAAAGGUCAGGGGACUGUCUGAACAUUUCAGUGAAAGAUUAUGAGUCAUCGCACUGAUAAAGCAUUUCACAAUAAGACCAGAAAAUUGUAUUAAGAAUGUAAAGGGUAACAGUUUUUUUUUCAUGUUGACUUUGCAGUGCCCUUUCUGUGAUGAUAGUUAGGUUUCAUUUAGUCUGUUCAUUCUUUGUGGUAAUCCAGGUCAUUUUCUUUAUGGUAACUGGUUGAAGACAGUUAAUGUAAGAAGACAACAGAGUAGUGUCCCCCAUGUGUCCCCAGGCCCCCUCAGCAGGCGGCAGUGCCGGAUCUGGAGGUGAUCUCUCAGCAGGUGGAGGAUGAAGGCCAGUGCAUGGCUCCAGUGCAGCUGGUCAGCUUCGCCUACAGGGACCUUCCUCUCGCUGCCCUGGACCUCUCGCUGGCCGGAUCCCAGCUACUUUCCAAUCUGGAUGAAGAGGACAACCAAGAAGGGUCUAACUGGCUGAAGCCGUGCUGCGGGAGGAGGGCAGCGCUCUGGCAGGUGUGUUUGCUGAGUGCUGGCUUCAACUGUUUCCUGGUGGCCUGUGUCAUCUUGGUGGUGCUCUUACUGACUCUGGAACUGCUCAUCGAUACUAAGCUUCUACAAUUUAACAAUGCAUUCCAGUUCGCCUGUAUCAUCCACUGGAUCAGCCUGGUCAUCCUGUCGGUCUUCUUCACUGAGACUGUCUUUAGGAUUGUGGUGCUCGGGAUAUGGGAUUAUAUAGAGAACAAAGUUGAGGUAUUUGACGGUGCUGUGAUUGUCCUCUCUCUGGCCCCAAUGGUGGCCUCCACGGUGGCUAACGGUCCCAGCAGCCCCUGGGACGCCAUCAGCCUCAUCAUCACCCUCCGCAUCUGGAGAGUCAAGAGGAUCAUUGACGCGUACGUGCUCCAGGUGAAGGUGGAGAUGGAGAUGGAGAUCCAGCAGUACGAGAAGACCAAAGCUAUGAGAGAGGAACAGCUGGAGAGACUCACACAGAUCUGUCAGGAACAGGCCUUUGAGAUCAGGCAGUUGAGGGCUCAUCUGGCACAGCAGGAUCUGGAUCUGGCCGCUGAGCGAGAGGCUGCCAUGCAGAUCCAUCACGUAUGGGGGAAACAGAGCAGCAGCUUCCAGGAGAUCGACGGCCUGGGCCCCGCUGGAUCUGACAAACACACCAGAGAACCCAGACCUGCUCCAGAGAGUGUUCAUGAUGACAUGAAUAACUACAUCAGUCAGUAUUACAGUGAGCCAAGUAGCGACAUCGGAGUGCCCGACCCUGGUGCUCGUGUCAUAACCACAGCAGCCAUCGAUGUGCACCUUCCCACCAACCCCAACCAGCUGCCGCCUUCCCUUGUCAGUGCAGACGGUCCAGGAAGUGGUCAAGAGCGCACGGUCAGCUCUGUAAGUGAAGCAUCCAGCACGACCAUGUCCCGGUCGAGCUGCAGCUUCACGGCCCGGCAGCACAGCAUCAGCAGCCACACGCUGGGCUCCACAACUGACUGCAGCUCUACCGUACGGGAGGCCUCCACCUCCGACUACAGUGGCCAGCGCUGCUGCCCUCCUCCAUACUGCAGCCCUUUGACCCUCGGGACGCAACCGGGCGUCCAUGACCCCAGAGCGGUGGUCAAAGAGCUUCUCUCUUCCUUGUCCGAGGACUCCUGCCUUGCGCAGAAAGGCAGGGUGGACCCGGUGAACCUUAAAUUGCCCAGUCCGGCAGGGUCAGUGAAGGCCAGUCCGGAACUGGAGCACAGGGUGAACAUAUACAACAGGAGAAACCAGGAAAGUCUGGGUGUAUUCCAGACCAAGCCACUAAUUCACCUGCAGGGGACCGAGCCAUCUCUGGAGGAGAAGUACAGGCUUAUGGAGCCGGCAGAUACUCCACUGAGCCAUAUACCAGACACAUAGAGCAUGAAGUGUGGGACAGUAACCACCAACACCAGCUGAAGCAGCCUCUCUCUUGGCCUCUCUCUCUCUAUAUCACUUACUCAUUGGCUGUGUCCGAAAAACUGAAAAUGGUGCCUUCACUGGCAGUACCUGAGGUAGGAAGGCAUCAAGGCGUAUCCGAUUCCAAUGUUUGUGGAACAUCCGGUUUACUGAAAGAGUGUGACUAGGCUAGACUAGUAGUUGCCGAAUCAAUGUAAAUGACUCAGGACCAACACUACUGCUGGAGAGUCACCUUCCUAGGUGCUCCAACACACCUUCCUGUAGGUUUCAAAUAAUCCCCCAAAAAAGAUUGGUUUGGUGGGUUCUUUAGUGUUCGAUAAGGGUUGGAGCUAAACCCUGCAUGAAGGUAAUUCUCCAGGAGCAAGAUAGGACACCCCUGCUUCUUUUCACCAGAUUCAUGUCCCAUCGUGUGGUGGAAUGCACUGUACGACUUAAGAUCUGAACAGGUUUUAAAACGCUAAGGGCCAGAUUUUACUAGAAGCUUGCGUCAGCGCAAACCCUCUUUUGGCAUUAAAAACACGCAGUGAAAAAUUAGCGCUUGAACAGUUAUUUUUGUGGCUGACCUUAUUGCAUAUGGAUUUGUAGGAGUUUUCCUUUCACAUGCUACAUUUAUUGGAGGAGAGUAUUUACAUGAAUCACACCAGGUUUACUAAGAUUUCAAUUUACUGGUAUUUGCGCCUUUAUUUACCAUAGAUGCUAAUUUGCGCUGCUUCUUGGUAGAUUGUGUUGGCCAUUAUGGAAAUCAUCCAGCUGCAUCGGUCUUCUUUAAUUUGUGCGUCGUCAGUCGAUCACGUGCAGAACUUUCCACUCCCAUUGGUGCUUUUAUGGGAUUGCACUCUUACACUAAUCUGGCCCUAAGUAUCAUUCACUUGGCUUUGUAAAAAUUUUCAGGAAAAUAAACUCCACAUCAUAUACUGAGGAUCAAACUGACUUUUUGCAACUUGCUUUGACUACUCCAGAAUGGAAAUUGGGGGGCAAGUUGAUUAGUUUCAUGGCAGUUUGGAAAAUGCAAUUGUUCAAAUACAAUUUAAGUCUGAGUUGUCCAAUUAGUGUCCAUGGUUCCUCAAAUCUUGCCCUGUGUCAACUCUAAUCAAAUGCCACUUUUCCGUCAAGAUGAAGGAACAGUUAUAAUUAUAUUUCCACUUGAGCUUGGUUUGGCACGGCACACUUACCAACUGUUCUUGCCCCGGGAUUCUCAGCGUGGUUAGCCAACCGUGCUGGUAGAUUGUGUGUAGUGACGUCGCCACUCAGGAUUGGUCACUUUGUCUACCAGUUUCUCUGUGCCUUGCCAAGCACGCUAAAGUAAACACAGUUAAUAAUAGAAAUAUCUGAUCAUCCUCCAUAACAGGGUCGCUAUUUACAUCUCAUACCGUAUGUAAACUUUUGUGUUACCAAGGCAAUGACUGAUGCAUUUGUAUUACAUUCCAUAGAGCCCCGGAAUGGAAAAAUGAAACCAUAUCCAUACCGGCUGGGCCAGAUCGGCACAGAUUGGAAUGGUUAAGCAAGAAGAAAAGUUUGGGCUCACGGUGGAGAAGUGGCUAAACGCACAAGCUAAUCAAAGUCUUCGAAGUUACUAGAAAAAAACUGGUAGGUCAGUUUGAUCAGGGUUUGAGCGCAACUCUUGGUCUUCCAGGGCUGGAUUUGAGGAACCCUGAGGAAUUAAGAGUGUAUCUUCGUACAAACAUUGAGUGACUGGGUAGGGGUUGUUUUUUGUUUCGGACACAGUCAAUUUGUCUUUCUCUCUGUGUUGAACAGCACUAUCCUACAGGUUUCAUGUUCUCAGAAAGGGGCACAGGAAGUGACAUGAGUUUAAUGCCCUCUGCUACCCACCUCAUGCAAUGUUCCUCCUUAAAGAUGUACAUUUCACUCUCUCUCCCUCUCCAACUCUGCAAGAGCACUCAAAGUGUGCCACUCCUGCCGAAAUUGCACAACCUUCCAAGGAGUCAGGGGGGGUACUUCGGGAGCCAUCAUUGGAAGAUUCUUCAGGAAUUUCAGUGUGUCUGUUGGGUGAGUGGUGUAUAAAACCAGCAAAGACACACUCUUUUAGACGGUAGACCAAUGUCGGAGUGUGGCUGGAAGACUUGUGUUCUCAUUCAGGGUGGCGUGGGAGGGAGUUUUUUUUUUUGUCGAUUUGUUUAUUUGUACGAAAUGUAACUGACACACAAUGUACAGUCCUCCCCCCCAAUGCUGCAGGGUUACAUUUGAUCCAUGUUCAAAUGUGUCAAGCUGUGUGAUUCAGCCAAAUUUCUUACCUUUGCCUUUCUUACAUUACUGAUGCUGAUGUUUGUAUUCAAAUUCUAUGCGAGGAAAAAAAAAGUGCUCAAGUAUUUUUAAAACCGAGAAAACGAUAAGCGAACAUUUCAGGUAAACAGUAUUAGAAGAUUUUUAUGAGAAAUUAUGGUUAGAAUGUUGUCAUAACCCCAAACCUUUACCCCCACCCCAAUAGCAUGAGCCUUUAAAAAGAUCUAUCUGCUUUCUGACUGAGGACAAAUUAAUCCUGUGUUAUCAACAAGGGAUUUUAUAAACUGAUAAUGGGAGAGAUUGUCAAGCAAUUAAAAGUUGGUCAAUUCAAAAAUCCAGCUUAAUUUGGUUUGUCUAGUUUGUUGUAGGAGAAAGGAUGUCCACAAAGGUGUUCUGUUUUGCCAAAAUAUUCAAAAUACUAGUCAUUUGUAAAUGAGUAAAAGCAGAAGUCUGUUUAUUGGAUAGUUUUAUUGAACAUCCAAGCCCAAAUAGAUACCUUGUUAAAAUAAAGCAAAUUACUUUCACCAAUAGAUUAAAAGACCAUCACAACUGCUGGAUAAUUGAGGUCAGUAUACAGCAGGGGUGUCCAGGAUUAGCUGGUUUAGGUGUUUGAUUAGAGUUGAAGGUGGAGCAGAAUUUGACAACUCUGUAUGAGUCUACAGCAACCAUUAUGUAAAAAAGAAAACUUUCGAGCCCACGUGUCACUCAAUUCUUUUAUUAAAAGAAGUGGUUUGCUGUCUACAUUAGCUGAAGUACACAGGUG